AUGACACGGGUGUUAUCCACGGAAUCAAAAUGGAAGAAAACUGGAAAAUUUCAUGCUCUCUCUUCUAAAAUAGGUAUGUUUGUUGUUUAACCCUUAUUACAUUGUGUUGCCAUAAGUGUACUGUCUUCUUUAUUCUAUUUUAGACUAGAACUAAGAAUGUCUUCUUUAUUAUAUACAGACUACGUUCGUGAGCUAUCGACUUGUAUACCUGUUAAAUUAUUAUAGUCAAAUCAUCCAAGUGUGACCGUUUGUAAAUAAAACCCGCUCAUCGCGAGUUCCCGUGCAGCCCUGGGCACUAUGUUUGCAUGCAGGAAGCAAAAAUGAUUCCCAAGUUAUUGUUGCGGAAACAGUGAUUCUUGCUUGCCUACCCUCAGGGAACAUGGCUGGGAAACACUGUUUCCUGGUUCCUACUAACCUCCCGACGAACUGCCUUCGCUCAAAACGUCGAAGGUUUACUUGUAUUUUUCAGGUAGUUGAAUCUCUACCCAUCUACAGUUUUUUUUGGGUUUCCUGCUUUGGCUACAGUUCAACUUGCAACAGUCUACCAACAGAAUUUUCAAACAAUAUGCCUUUUGAAGCAGACCAAUUUAGUCUAUGGAGAGACUUCUAGUGGUCUCCUAGCCUGCGUAGCGAGUUGUUUCCUAUAGUAAGAUGAAUGCAAAGUCUGUAUGAAGGCUAUAUAUUGCUACAUUGUCAAAGUCUACUACUUUUGUUCCACAGAUUUUGAUCAUGAUUACGUAUCUCUGGGUUGUUGGAAAGCUGGAACAAACUUGAAUCAUUUUGAAGAUUUGGAAAAUUUUCAUGAUGAAUUGGACGGACUGUACUGGCAGAGGUAUCACUCACUUUAUUUAUUCUGAAUAGUCCUAUCACUCCUAAACUGUUAUCCCUAGAAAUCCUAUAUAGAGUCAUUUCUUAUUUGUCCGCUAUCAGUUCUAAGCUGUUCUCCUUAUAGAGGUCCAGUUCCGAUCAUCCCUUCUUGCCCUGGAGCACCUGGAAAAAACCUGCAGUGUUUGAUUGAAAGAAACUGAAAGUACUCAUUUUUUCUUACCGAUUCCAAUUCUGGUCACAGGGCUAACCGAUUGUGCCAGCAAUAAUGAUCCUUAACAUUGUUAAAAUUUUUUCAUUGUUAGGUUAAACACAAUCAAGAAAUGUGCAGCAGUGACGAAGAACAAAGGAUACUCAGUCUUUGCUUUGAUCAAUAAAGGAGAAUGUCUUGCCACAAAGCAUAAAGAUCAUGUUUAUAAAAGAUUUGGUCAUUCAAAAAAAUGCAGUAAUGGUGAAGGGGGCGUUGGUGCAAUGAAUGUUUAUAAACUUACAGGUUUGUGUUGGAAAAAAUUUCAGUAAGCUUUGCAGGCAACAAAGGACAACUUGUAUGUUAGACUAAAUUUUAAGAGAAGGGAAUCAAACAUCACUGACACAGCUAAAAAGAAUAUAAUGAAAUUAUUAAAAUUCCAAAAUUUGGUUGCGAAAUGUUGUAAAGCUUGGAAAAUAUAGUCUGGCGAAGUUUGCAAAUUUUAUAUAUGUUUGUAUUACGUGCGGAAAUUGUUACCAUAUAUUUAAUUUUCGGCUCAAAAAUGGCAACAAUUUCCGCACGUAAUUCAAACAUAUACAAAAUAUGCAAACUUCGCAAGGCUAUAUUUUCCGUAUUUUAUAACAUUUCGUAACCAAAUUUUGCAAUUUUACUAAUUUUAAUAAGUUCUUUAUGGGAAUUUACUUUUUCUUGCCUAGAUAAAAAAUUAGUCUAACAUGCAAGUCUUAUAGAAGCAAGAAAAUCAAACUAUUUAUGUACUAUUUAAAAAACGAGCAGGAGUGUUUUAUUAGGUUUAAAGCCACGAGCGCGCAGCGCGAGUGGCUUUAGACCUAAUAAAACACGACCCGCGAGUUUUUUAAAUGACUUCAAAAACGUAUGCAUAAUAAGUCAAAUCUUUAUAUAAAAAUCUUUAUAUAAAAACCUUUAUAUAAAAAUCUCUAUAUAAAAAUCUUUAUAUAGUUUGCAUAACAAUGGUCUUUUGUUAAAGUGUUCUUUAGCUGGUAUAAAGACGUAUGCACGUGACUAAUUUCUUACUCAAGAUUGGAUAAUUGCUUCAUGAAUUAUUAAUGAGUUUUUGAAUUUUAUUUAAAAUACGUACAAACAAAACGAAUUUACAAUUUUCAAUUUUCACAAUACAUACACUGAGACAUGGCUGGGUUAUCAUCACAGCUCCGUAGGAUAAAUCCAUCGUUACUUCACUGGUCACAUUUUAAGUAAAAACUGAACACGGUUUUGGGGGAAUGUGUGCUAGAUUUCUAUUGACAUGACAUUUCACACAGUUCCAGCAUUAUAUCUCUCAAGUCUAUAUAUCUGCCUCAAAAUAUAGGACUAUUAUUACAUACAAUGAAAACAACUAGCAUUACCGGCUUUCUGUCUUUCUCAUUCUGAUAACUGCAGGUUGACCGCCAAUGUUUCCUUUUCUAUAGGAGAGUCAUUUUCAGACAGUGAAGAUUUCGAAGAUGACAUCAUUCUAACGAAAGCUCAGAAAGCCUUGAUUGACAACCCACAUAGUGCUUUAUAUCAUGAUGGCGUAGAUCUACAGACCUCCGCUGCCAUGGUGAUCUGGCCUGAGAACACUGUGCCUUAUUAUGUACCUCCAGAGUUAGGUAGGGAUCUCUGUGUUUUUAAACUGCCGUGGUUUGUGUCUGAACUACCUGAAAAAGAUAUCUCAAAUGUGUAAGUAGUAUUCCGCAAUGGGUUCUCGUGGUUUGUAUCUGAAGAUGAAAAUAUAUCUCAAACGUGGUGGUACAGUGUAAGUAGUUUUCUACAAAAAGUUGCCCUGGUUUGUGUCAGAACUACCUGAACGGACCUCCACGUUUGAAAAGUUUAUCACUUCCAUAAUAUUACAUUUAAAAAUAUCUUCUCGUUCUUUAGCGAAAACGAAAGUAGCUCAGCGAUUCUUGGCGGGAAUCAAACAGUGGCAACAGAAGACCUGUAUCAAGUUUGUUCCUCGUGGGAAUCAUAGAGACUGGGUACAAGUCUUUCGUGAACGAAAUCCAAAAAGUAGACGGUAUGUCACUAAACUAACUUUAUCAAACAUUACUAACCACCGUAUCCUCAGCGCAGAUGUUAUUUAAAUAUUAGGUAAGCGCCCUUGGUUAUGGGUGGACUAUUGCCAGUUUAUCUAUCUGAAACGGAGAUAGAGUAAACUUGGAAUUUUCGAGCGAAUGCUCUGUGAUUCGUAAUCAUCGUUUUAUUAUGAUUUAACUUUUUUUCAAACUAGGUGUGCAUCAGCCAUUGGUCGGAUUGGUCGCUAUCAGCCGAUCAGAGUAGGGGAUUUAUGUCCCGCAGGAAGUCUUAUCCACGAGUGGGGUCACGCAUUAGGACUGUGGCAUGAACAAUCUCGCGAGGAUCGUGAUUCAUAUGUGAAGAUUAAUUGGGAUAAUAUCCUGCCAGGUUAGUGAGCAGUGACUGCCCGAUCUAAUGGGUCGGCACGAAGCUCUAGGAAGAUGUUCUGUGAUUGGUUGAUUAUGACAAUGACAAAAGAAUAAGCUAUAGAAUGGAUUUUCUAAAGAACGAAGCAAAAACAAUAUUCCUUUUGUUUAUGUAAGCCAAUUACGUCUUUUCUCAUUGUCAUAAUCAACCAGUCACAGAACAUCUUCCUAGAACUUCGUGUUUACUGAAUCUAAUAUAUCUCUACUAUGAAUAAAGACUGAUUGGAAUACGGCGCGCAAAAGACAACAAUGAUCGAUUAACAGAGCGGUUUAGAUUUGACUUACCACUGCCUUUCACAGGCUCCCCUCACGUUUGAAUAGAUGGCUCAUACAAAUGUGUUUUAUACUUCCUAUUUGUUCAAAAACAUUUCAGGUAAAAAGGAUCAAUUUAGAAAAUAUCGUCAUUUUACUGCUAACACUUUAUCAGUCAAGUACGAUUACAUGAGCAUAAUGCAUUAUGGGAAGGAUUACUUUGCCAAGCUAACUGAAGAUCAAACUGGAUAUCUGACUACAGUAGAGGUUCUGAAUAAGAAAUACAGGAAUAAGAUAGGACAACGUGAUCAUGUGACGUUAGCUGACGCAGCGAAAGUGAAUAUAUUAUAUGGAUGUGCAGGUAUAUCAUUGCUUGAUAUUGUAACUUUACUAACUUACUAUUGGUGUGUUUCACCAGAACGUGGAUCAAACGAGGAUAUUGAUGAGAGUGCAUGAGAGUUGGUGGCAGUCACGCAACCUUGGUAAGGGACUGGUCAUAAGUAACUGCUAGGGUGGGCUGGAGGUAAAUCACAAAUUUUGCCAACAAGUUCGGUGACCCAUCUUAGGAUGUAGAUAAAAAUUUCAAAGCCCAUCUAAUCUUACAAAAAAAAUUUUUCACGACCCAUCCAAUCUAAAUUGGGAAAAUACACUUUUAUAAUAAAAAAAACUUGUCGGCACUGUAUUGACAUACAUAAUUCCACCAAGCUUGACAAACACAUUGGUACUGAGCUGCUCUCCAGUUUGUUGUAUUUGCUGUGAUUCGACCACUUUUUGUUGUUGUAUAAACAAAGUACUGGCUUCAAUAGACAAUAGCAUCUCAUUUGCAUUUGAUAAUUUGGAUAGUUUUGUUUACUUUCACUAUUAGUAUCUUUAUUUUUUUGAAGUAGACAUGCAUGUUUUUUUGUUUGGUGGCCCAACCGUGGACAUACAAAAAAAAUUGGCGGCCCAUCGAAACUGCCCAAAGAUUUUCCAUGGCCCAUCCCAAAUCACUCCAGCCCACCCUAGCAGCUACUUUAUGACCGGUCCCUUAGCUGUUUUUUUCCCCAAAACAGUCGUGUAUUUUAUUUAAGUUAAAACAUAGUUGAAACAUUCAUCAAACCUUUAUUUUGUUAAUCCAACGGCUCAAAAUGUCCCCUGUAAUAAUUCGUGACUGCCAUUUGAUCGGGGCUUUGGUAAACCCAGUUAGUGUGAACAGUCAUUUCGAGAACUGUCUUUAUAACAGUGAGUUCUCCUCCAUGUUCUGCAUCGUCGCGCUUGCUUUUAACUAACUAUUUUACUUUUAAUCGUGAUAUUCAUGAAAGAUCGACCAGACAAAGUAACCAGCUCCACCUUACUAAGAUGAAGACUGAAACUGCGAAAAAAUAUUUCUACUAUAAUGGUUGCAUAGUAUAUAAUUAUUUUAUAAAGUAAACAUUUAGAAGGGGAAUAUAUAAGCGUUGGGGGUAGUUUAGUAUUGGUGUCUCUUUUUAAACUUUUGUACUUUUUUGCAUGCAAAAAUUGUAUAUAUGUAUUUAAAUGUGUUUUUUUUUAACUUAGCAGGACCCCUAUUGAUACCAGCAUGUAGUUCGUGCUGACAGGGUUAUCCUGCUUAAAUAAAAUUUUUUUCUAUCUAUCUAUCUAUCUGAAACCUAUUAAUGCAAGAUACGAAUCUUUUGCAAUCUCUGGUUCAGUUUUGUUCACUUGAAGUUAGUUCUUAUCUUUACGUGUAGUAAGUACCCCUUACUCCUUAUCUUGACUAGAUUUUUCAACUCUAUAUUCAGAUUUUCCUUAUAUGUGGCGUACAAAGGAUUGGACAGAAUGUUCAUCAGAUUGUGGCUUCGGAAAGAAACGUCGUGAAAUAUUCUGUGCCAAGUCAGAUCUCAAGAACGUGGAUCCGAAAUAUUGUUCAAACUCUACAAAACCACAAGAUAAACUCGCGUGUUAUGGACGGAAGUGUAGUAAGUUGUGUUGAAGUAAUUAGUGUCGAUACUGUGGUUCUGCAUUCAAUUGUCUGAUUCAAUAUUACCUGAGUCGUAUGUGAGAAGAGUGCUUCUAGUUUGACUCUACCAAAGAUCGUAGGUUUUCUUCACUUAUUCCUGGUUUCCUCCUGUGAGAACAAUUCAGAACUGGUAGAGCUAUCCAGUAUAAAUAAAGUUAGUUUAGUUUAAGUUUCCUCCUGUAGUAAUAUUGGAUCAAUAAGAGAUGAUCCUUACUGGACCUCUAUGGAGAACAAUUCAGAACUGAUAGAGCUAUGCAGUAUAAAUAAAGUUAGUUUAGUUUAAUUGAGUUUCCUCCUGUAGUAAUGCUGGAUUAAUAAGAGAUAAUCCUUACUGGACCUCUAGGGAGAACAAAUUAGAACUGGUAGAGCUAUCAAGUAUAAAUAAAGUAAGUUUAGUUUAAGUUUCCUCCUAUAGUAAUACUGGAUCAAUAAGAGAUGAUCCUUACUGGACCUCUAGGGAGAACUUUUUAGAACUGGUAGAGAUAUCCAGUAUAGAAAUAAAGUUAGUUUAGUUUAAGUUUCCUCCUGCAGUAGUAUCACUGGAUCAAUAAGAGAUGACCCUUGCUGGACCUCUAGGAAGAACUUUUUAGAACUGGUAGAGCAAUCCAGUAGAAAUAAAGUUACUUUAGUGUAAGUUUCUUCCUAUAGUUAAUACUGAAUCAAUAAGAGGUGGCCCUUACUGGAUCUCUAAGGAGAACAGUUUAAAAUUGAUAGAGCUAUCCAGUAAUAAAUAUAGUAACACUGGUCAAUUCAAGGAUUGUUUUCUUUCUAGCCAGUUGUCCAUCAGGGUGGUUCAAACUUCACAAGGCUUGCUAUAAAGUUCAUGAUAAGCUAGUUUCAUGGUUUGAAGCAAGACAAAAAUGUCUAGAAAGUGCAUCUGAUUUAUUAACUUUAAAAACGAAGCCAGAAGAAGCAAGUAUCCGGAGCUACCUUAAGUCAAAGAAUGUAUAUCUUUAUUAUUACUGGCUAGGUAGGUGUCGUUCAUAUACCUCCUCUGAUUUUGUUAAAACUUAAAAGGAAGAACAAGGCUGACAUAAAUACUGAUAUGAUUUCCUAUUGAUGGGUUUCACCAAGCGUUACAGAAUGAAAAGAACGAACAUUAUUUUCUGACUCAGAUAAGUGCUGAUUGAAUACCAUCUGCCCCUUGUAAAACCCACUAAUGCACCCUUACAUAACAAUAAUUCCAUCCAGUCAUGACCCAGUGAUUUGAAAUCCCACUAUUCUGCAUGCCAAUUUAAGUCAUUCAUUGACGCUGUACAAAGUGCCUCCCGACACCAUUUCAUUUUGUCAAUCUUUCAACAACAACAAUAUUGGUUUCAGGAGGUAUUAUUUCUCUCUCAUACAGGUGCAUAUUAUCACGGAGCUAACGGAGAUUUCUUUUGGGUGGAUGACAGUCGUAUGAAAUAUCAUAAUUGGAAAAAAGGCGAACCACGCUGGAACGUCAACUGUGCUUUGAUGAUUCACCGUAAAGAGUGGGGAACUGACAACUGUACAACACAAAGACGAUAUAUUUGUAAAAAAGACAUUGUUUAA